GCGGGGACGGGCGAGCGGGGGCACGCGCAGCACGAGCGGACACCUGGCGCCGCAGCAAGGGCGGAGCCGACGGUCGGGGAUGCGGUCCAGUGCGGAGACUGCGCCCCGCUGGUGACGGGAGUCGGCCGUGGACCGCUGGUGACGAGAGUCGGCCGUGGACCGCUGUUGACGGGAGUCGACCGUGGACCGCUGGUGACGGGAGUCGGCCGUGGACCUGCUGGUGACGGGAGUCGGCCGUGUGCCGCCGGUGACGAGAGUCGACCGUGGACCGCUGGUGACCGGGAGUCGGCCGUGGACCGCUGGUGACGGAGUCGACCGUGGACCACUGGUGACCAGAGUCGGCCGUGGACCGCUGGUGACGGGAGUCGGCCGUGGACCGCCGGUGACGCGAGUCGACCGUGUGCCGCGUGUGUCGACAGAGGACGGAGCUGGGACGACGACGCCAGGGGUGGCCAACUGCCAGGCGUGAGGACCUGCAGGCAUCACGCAGGUGUGGGGUUCCACAGGCACCUGCCCGCUGGUGACGAGCAGGCUUGUAAGAACUUGUGCGCCGGCACGCAUCUGUGGUGACAGGGAGGCCUGCUGCAGAUUUCCGCGGUGACACUAGCUGCGGUGUUGCUGGCCACUGCUGGUCAGGUGUUGGGACUUCCGUGGUGAUGGGACCUCGGGAGUCGGUGACAGAGGCGCACGCGGCGGAUCGCCGGUGAUGACAGCAAACCAAGUGUUGGGCCGCUGGUGGUGACAGCGGGCCAGACGCUCGACCGCCAGACCACUGAAGUCUAUCAAGGUGUUGGACCUCCGUUGGUGACGGCUGACCACGUGUCAGAAUCUCGCCGAAACAGCGGAACGCGCACUAGACCGCCAGCGGCGACGGCGGACCACGCGCUGGAUCGCCAGCGGCGAGUCGCGGCUCAGCUGCUCGGCCUGACGCCCCAGCGGGCGCCGUGCGAUGCUGGCCACCAUGUCAGAGCCGACCUGUCGCAUGUACGGACCGGGCGACCGGGCCAUGGCCGGCCGAGGCCCCUGCUUCUCCACGCGGUACUCGCCGCCGGCCCCGUACCGGCCCGCCGAGCCGGUGCGACGCUGCUUGAACGCGCCGGGUAACCUGCUGGGCGGCCUGGACGACAGCCUUCUGAGCCGUGCCGGCGCGCUGGCCGACAUGGGCCGCCAUGGCGUGCCGCCGCCUCAGCUGCGCACCGACAUGGCGUACGGCCACCCUCAGCCGGUGAUGACGUCACCGCACACGCCGCCUACCUCGCUGCCGCACCAGGUGUGGGACAUGAUGUACCACGCCGGCGCACCUCGCCCGCCGCCGCCGCCGCCGCCGCCGCCCACAUCCAAGACGCAGCAGAUGUGUGCUGCCGGCAUGGACGGCCUGCAGCUGCUGGACGCCUCCUGCGUGUCGGGCGCGCCGGCGGCGGUUGGCCUCCCGCCCGCGCCCGACGGCACCCACCACGGCGUGCCGCCGCACACCGCCGCCGUGUUCGGCCAUCCGCUGCAUCCGCCGCUGCACCCGGCCGGCCCCGACGCCGACACGGACCCGCGUGAGCUCGAGGCCUUCUCGGAGCGCUUCAAGCAGCGGCGCAUCAAGCUGGGCGUGACACAGGCGGACGUGGGCCGCGCGCUGGGCGUGCUGCGGCUUCCGGGCGUCGGCGCCCUCUCCCAGUCCACCAUCUGCCGCUUCGAGUCGCUCACGCUCAGCCACAACAACAUGAUCGCUCUGAAGCCAGUGCUGCACGCCUGGCUGGAGGAGGCGGAGGCGCAGGCACGUGACCGGCGCGCCGACCCUGAGGCGCCCUCUGUGCUGCCCGGCGCCGAGCGCAAGCGCAAACGCACCUCGAUCGCGGCGCCCGAGAAACGCUCGCUGGAGGCAUUCUUCAGCGUGCAGCCGCGCCCCUCCGGCGAAAAGAUCGCCGCCAUCGCCGAGAAGCUCGACCUCAAGAAGAACGUGGUGCGCGUGUGGUUCUGCAACCAGCGCCAGAAGCAGAAGCGCAUGCGGUUCGCCACGCAGCCGCGCUGACCGGCAUGCCCCGGGGCGGAGGCGGUCGGCCUCGCCUGCUGCGGGGCGGC